AUGGAUCUUUUAACUAUACAAGAUUCUUUUGAAGAAGUUAUAAGUGAUAUACAGAAUGGAAGACUCGAACAAGACAAGUUUUGGGUGGCUAGGAGAAGCAUUGAGUCGGAGGAAAAUCAGGACUUUUGGUAUAUUAAUGUGACAAAGCAGGGGAUGAAAGAUGAUGGCAAUAAGAUCAAGUUCAUGUGUGGAAAAGAUAAGAAAUACCAGCUUCAAGUGGAUGAAAAAAUCUACAAUCUACAAAGUUUCUAUAGGAAGGUUAAUUUAGCUAACAAUAGAAUCAGUUCAGUUGCAGUGUCUUCAGAUAGCGAACGCUUUAUCGUGGGAACUAAGAAAGGUGAAUUGAUAAUAUAUAAUUUACGAACAGAUACAGUAGAACAGAAGAUACCAGAAGCACAUUUUGAAGAUAUAACAAUGUUGAAGUUUUUUCCAUCAGACAAGGUUGUAAUGUCUGUUGGAAUUGAUUUAAAGAUAAAACUAUGGGGGCUUACCGGUGAAUUAGUGAGAACAAUGUCAAAUCAAGUGAAAGAGAUAACAGAAAUCGGGCUACUUGGUAAAACAGGAAGAAAUUUUAUAAGUGGGUCUAAGGAUGGCUCAAUUGAUAUGUGGGAAUGUGGGCAUGGUCAAGUUAUCUAUAGUUUUAAGAGGAUUCAAAACAAUAACGAUCCUGUGAAUUGCUUUGUACUUGGAAGACAUGAGUCAACCGGGUCUAAAUUAUCCGAAUUAGAGGUUGAAACAGAAAACCAAUGUGUAUAUGUAGGCUUCGAUUCAGGUAUAAUUCAGCAAUUUAAUAUAGGAGACCAUUGUCAGACAAGCGUUAGGUUCGAGGAUGGGAACGCCGGGGUCAGUUCGAUUGAUAUAAGUGAUAACAUUUUGGUCAGUGGUUAUAAUGAUGGACAACUAAAAGUAUGGGAUAUUGCAGGCGGAAAUAUGGUAUUUAAGUAUCAAUUGAAUUCCCAUUUUCCAAUUUCCACAUUGAAAGUGUUACACAGACAAGAUGAUACUAUAACGGUAUUGGUUUACAACGGACCAGAAACGCUAUUGAAGUUGGAGAUUGAUCUCAAGAGCGAAGUGGUGAAUCAAACGUACCUAAUCGGAAUGGAGGAGAACUUUAGUGUACAUGACGUGGCUCUUAAUAAAGAUAACAUAAUUAUUGCGAGUGAUCAGCUAACAGUCUAUAAGUAA